UAGGGAGGCAUCACGGCGCGGUACACGAGAGUCGGCCUAACCUCGAAGACGUCGUCGUCGACGCAACUCGCAUAUGUACGUGUGAAAAUAUAUUCCCAGCUCGCGUCGACGACGAAGUAUGAUCGUUUGGGAGAGGCUACGUAAUCCGUGCGGUUGGCGCGCGGGUGCCAAACAGAUUUCCGUAGACGCAAUGCUGCCGCUGCUGGUGGUGCCGACCUUGGCGAUAAUCGCCGCCCAAGCCGUUCUUUGCACGGUUGUCGUGUUCCUGGCGACACCAGUUCUUGUCUAUUAUCUACAUCACAAUUUUCUUAGAUUCUUAUUGCGCACCAAGUUCUUCCUUAUGUGGACGAUCACAAGCAUCCUGAUGCUUAUGUUGGUGUUUGAAUUGAGCGUUGUGCCGCUGUUGGAGAUCCUGCCCGAGGAAAAUUUGCUAUUUAUGGUCUGCGUAGUCGGCGGCAUAUGGUGCGGCUAUAGAGCCAAAUUAAAUGCUGAUUCUGCAGCACAGGAAGGCGCCAUCAAUAUGCAGGGUUUGGAAUUGGGCGAAGGCAGUGGGGAUCUCUGUACUAUGUGCAGAAGAAGGGCGCCACCAAAAGCUCAUCACUGCCGUUUGUGUCAGACUUGUAUACUUAACAGGGAAUAUCAUUGCAAAUGGCUGGAUUGUUGCAUAGGUUCCAGUAACUUAAGAUGGUACUUAGGUUGUUUAUUCUUUUCCGCAAUUGCUUUCAUCUAUGGUUCUAACUUAACUAUGACUAGCGUUUGUCAUCCAUUUAUACUUAUCGGAACCAUACUUCUACCAGAUGAUUGCAGUGAUGUGUAUCAUCAACUGGACAUCGCUCUUUGCUUCAUCUCUGCUCUCUACAGCCUCAUCGUCGGCUUAGUGCUUCUUGGUUAUCUCAUAUACCAUCUAUGGCUGCUUUCCCUUGGCACGACAUCGAACGAACGACGAUUGAACGCCGGCAGUCAGUAUGACCAUGGAAUGUUAAAAAAUGUAUCGCGGUUAUUUUGCUGCAAAACCUAGAGGUAUUCGUAAACUAGGUUAUUGAAUUUACUUUGCGCAAUGUACGUACUGUACUAUUUGCAAAGAGUAUAAUGAAAUCAAAUUCGACAAAUUAGAUAACGUUAAGGCCAAAAGAUUUGCCAUGGCGUCAAGUUCACUUUGGCAUUUGUCAAGUCACGCGUUGAUGGUGGUGUAAUUUAAAAGAUGAUUGGGAAUAUAGCUAUUAAUAUCGGUUUGAUUACUCACUCCAUUUCUAUUUAAUGUAUUCUAAUAUUUAUAUGUUUAACAAUUCAUAACAUAUGGUAAGUACAACACAUACGCUUUUCUCCUAACGUUGUACUUGUAAAAUCAUGUUCACAUAUCAUGCAGUACCGAUUCCCAUUACUCACCAUUAUCUUCAAUGUAUCAUUGUGCAUAACAUUUGUAUAUUUAUUGUAACUGUGAUAACGUGGCCAUUGUACGAG